ACUCCAAUAAACUUAAAUAGCAUGCAUACUUUUAUUUUAUCUGCUAUUUAACACAUACGACAGAGCUAGCUUCAUUAAUAUCGUUGUGAUGAAACGGUAAAGUAAGUUAAUUUCAAGCGGAUGCUGCGGGACAAAGAGCGACAGGUAGCCUACUACACUGGUCGUGUUUAUGCAGACUUUACCACGAACAAUUUUACAAAGUUACUCACGCGAACAAGGUUACUGACGGCCGCCUGAACAGCAGCCACCGGCGCCGUCAGAUCUGGUAUAGCUUUCCCGUCAACUUCACCUUCUUCGUGCAUUAUCACCAGAUGGGAUAUCUGCUGAGCCACUGGCUCCAGGAUACUUUCUAUCGUCUUCGUGUGAAAAACCGGCAUGUUGGCAACUUUUUACCACUAUCCAAGAGAAAAACAAGGUAAUAUUCUACCAGCUAAGGAAGUUUUCUCCCAAACUCCCGCUACUACAGUCUAAAACACUCCUGGUAGCUUUUUUCCCCCAGGACAGUUUCACCCUCCGGUAUGAAGACCACAACUACUCCCGUGAAACCAUCAACGUGAAAAACUCCCAGCCAGAGAGUGAGCGUGAGCAACCUAAACGGCAACCAACGUUUCCCACCCCCUGGCCAAUCAGCGAGUGAGAAGGCAACUUCCCGGCCGUCUGUUUGGUCGACUGCGGUGUCGCUCCGUAUCAGCACCUCCCGCUUCCACACAGGUCUCCAGUUACUGAAAAAGACGUCCCCUUGUCCAUACUGGAAUGUGAGCUGCUCAAGAUGGGUGGUCUACACCUACCCCUACUGUAGUGCUGAUAAGACAAGUUCCUGCUUCUGCAUGGAGGUGGACGCACUCCCCACAGUCACCAUUUCCACCCCGGAGAGUUCCACGCUGGCUGCGCAGCCUCUUCCCCGGCUGAGCAUCGGGCGGAAGACCCUGGUGGCAGCUGCUGUGGGGGUCAUGCUGGUCUUAGUUCUGGUGGUCCUCAUCCCUGUGCUGGUCAGCUCUGUUGGCACAGGAGGCACAGAUGACAGUGGGAGCCACUUUGAGAUGCUGGGUACCUGCCGCAUGGUGUGUGACCCCUUCCCUACAACGGACACAGGUGGUCAAGCGGGUCCAGAUACAGCAACCUCAGGCCUACAUGUGGACAACGAUGUAGACCUGAGUGAUCACAGCAUUGGCCCACCACUGCCUACUUACAGUGCUAACGGCCCAUACAGCAGACAUGGACGUCCAGGCAAGCCUGGACCCCCCGGACCACCUGGACAACCAGGCCCACCAGGACCUAAGGGACCUCCAGGAGAAGGUGUGGACAUCGUACGGACGGGGAUUUUAGGUCUAGGGGGUAAAGGGGCAGUUAGUACAACCACGUACAAUACAGCACCUCGGGUGGCCUUUUUUGCAGGACUACGAAACCCUCAAGAAGGUUAUGAUAUUCUACGAUUUGAUGAUGUGGUGACUAAUAUUGGUGGUAACUAUGAGGGAGCAACAGGCAAGUUUACCUGUAAGAUUCCUGGCACCUACUUUUUCAUCUACAAUGUGCUCAUGAGGGGAGGAGAUGGCACCAGCAUGUGGGCUGACCUGAUCAAGAAUGGUCUGGUCAGGGCCAGCGCCAUCGCCCAAGACCAGGACCAGAGUUAUGACUACGCCAGCAACAGUGUCAUCCUUCAUUUGGAUGCAGGCGAUGAAGUUUUCAUAAAAUUGGAUGGGGGCAAGGCCCACGGGGGGAACAGUAACAAGUAUAGCACGUUCUCAGGUUUCAUCCUCUACGCCGACUGAAGGCUGGACAGUUUGUGGGCUCAGAGGUGAAAGGUCACUGCCAGAAGACAUUCACUUCCUGACUUUCACUUGGCUCUCGCAGUGAGGUUAAUGUUGCCCAUAGCCACUGAUCCACAGUCAGAUUGUUUAACAGAUGUUUAAGGUCAGCGUUGACAGUGACUGAAGCUGUGGAUCUUUGGCUGUCUGUAACCACCUCCUCAUCCAUAUGUUCCAUUAUAUACAGGGUGCCUAUGCCGCAAUUCUGAUGGACGCAUACAGUGACAGCCAUGUCAUGUGUCAUGCUGAGGUGCAGUAACAAUUCUGACAGGGAAGAAACCUCACCAUCACUUUUGAACUGUCAUUACAAUUUCAAGUCUCGGAAUCUAACAGUCAUGGUGACUGCAGUGUUUGUAAAUGUGCUGUUCUUAUUUAUGUUAAUAUUAUGUUUUCUCAUGCUGUUUGUACAAUAAGAUGUUGUGCUUCAAUGACUGAUGAGACAUAAUCCGCCCAGAGAAGCUCUGGUUUGUCAAAUAUUGGAUGCCAAAAUGAGAUUAUGCUAGUUUUGAACAGCAGACAGGGUCACAAACAGUAUUAUGUGUUAGUGUGAAGAUUUGGCUAAUCAUUUCACAUCAGCUGAUUAUAUUUGGCAUAUUGUUAAGUGUAUAAACUGUACAUUUGAUAUUAAUCUCGAUGUCUGAACACAAUCAAAGUAGUGUAGGCUACAUACACCAUAUUGUGUGUCUAUUAAAGAAAAUUGCUGUGA